AAUUCUCAUUGACGGACCUUAGACUGGUGAGUCAUCGUGGCAUAAUAGGUCGGGAUCGAAAUCAAAGGCAGUACUCUGGAGGCAGCGGUACCAUGUGCAUUAGAACUAUAAUAAGCGGUACUUCUCUUUUCAACAAAGCUGACGCAUUUCCCACUGAAUGAGAGAAAAGGUAAACAGAGAGGACCAAAAUUGGACAUGUAGGUGAAUAGGUAUACUGUUUUAUUGGGUCCUUGGGAUAUAGCCAUAUUUUUUCUUCUUCUGGAUGGAUCAACCCACUGCCCCUCAUUCAUUCAAUUGAUUACGACUAGACAGCUAAUUAGCUUGCGGGAGAGGAUGGCGUUUUAACUAACCACAGCAAUAUGCAUAGGCUAGAGUAGCCUACAGUGGCAAGUAAGAUAACAGGGGAAAGUUAAGUGACGCUUGGAGUUCCUGGAGGAUCGUUUUCACUGUCGCACCUAUGAUAACGCACCGGUUAGCAAAUCGUUGCAGUGUGUGCAUGUGAGCGGCAACUGGAGAUGAGUGUGUUUUCUGACUAAGAUGGGGCGCCGGGCCGCUAGUCCGCUCUGAGUGGACAAAUAACUUGAGACCAAGGGUAUGUAACACGAAAAACGUUGUUGUCACCUUCAAAGAUGAGGGCUCGGCAUUAAAACCUCUCAUCUCCAAAAGGCGCGAAGGAGGUGGCGGCACAAGACGCAAACAUCCGCUUGAUAUGAGUAGGAAGUCAGUCAAGCAAAUCAGGAGAGAACAAUACACGAUCGAGACUGCCUGCGGUGGCAACUAUAAACGGAGUAUAUCCAUAUCCCUCUGAAGGAGCAGCAGCAUACCCUUGACUUUCAUUGCUGCGGGUUUUGUAUCGCUUUUCUAACCUGGAUUUAAAUCAAGAUGAUGGCUCUCUCUACAGACAUAGAGGACAAAAUGCCCAGUCUUUCUACAAUGAAACACAUGUGGAUCUCUCUCUUGCUGGUGUGUAUUACAUGUCAAGUAGGUCUUGGCCAGACCACAGCAGAGGCAUUGAAAGAGGCAGAGGCUAAUGACAACAUCACCAUCUUCACACGGAUACUGGACGGACUGCUGGACGGCUACGACAACAGACUCAGACCAGGACUUGGAGAAAAGGUCACGGAGAUCAAAACCAAUAUAUUUGUCACAAGCUUUGGCCCAGUUUCAGAUACUGAAAUGGAAUACACCAUUGAUGUGUUUUUCCGACAAAGCUGGAAAGACGAGCGCCUGUGUUUCAAAGGACCCAUGGAGAUGCUGCCCCUGAACAACCUCCUGGCCAGUAACAUCUGGACCCCAGACACAUUCUUCCUCAACGGGAAAAAGUCUAUCGCCCACAACAUGACCACGCCCAACAAGCUACUGAGACUGAAGGAUGACGGGACGCUGCUCUACACUAUGAGGUUAACCAUAUCGGCGGAGUGUCCCAUGCAGUUGGAGGACUUCCCAAUGGAUGCUCAUGCUUGCCCUUUGAAGUUUGGAAGCUGCCCCCCUCCCCAUUUCAUCGAUGGCCAUCCGGCAUACACGGUGAGACGCCUGGUGAGUGUUCGACCUCGGUGCAGGAGUUUCCAGUACCUGGUUGACUGGGAGGGUUAUGGCCUGGAGGAGAGGUGCUGGGUCCCCACUAAGGACAUCCUGGACCCGGCCCUCAUCGCUGACUUUCACAGCCGGCAUCCCGGUCAACCAGAUGCCUAUCCAGUCUCUGAGGUGGUGUACCUCUGGCAAACUGGUGCUGCCAAGUCUGUCGUGGUGGCAGAAGACGGAUCCCGUCUCAACCAGUACCACCUGAUUGGCCAGACCGCGGGCUCUGAGGACAUCUACACCAGUCGAGGACAGUACACAGUCAUGAUGUGUCACUUCUACCUGAAGAGGAAGAUUGGUUACUUUGUCAUUCAGACCUACAUGCCCUGCUUCAUGACCGUGAUCCUGUCCCAGGUGUCCUUCUGGCUCAACCGUGAAUCUGUACCAGCCAGGACCGUCUUUGGUGUUACUACAGUGCUGACUAUGACUACUCUCAGUAUCAGCGCUCGCAACUCGCUGCCUAAGGUGGCCUACGCCACAGCCAUGGAUUGGUUCAUCGCUGUGUGCUAUGCAUUCGUCUUCUCCGCACUUAUCGAGUUUGCCACCGUCAACUAUUUCACUAAGAGGAGCUGGGCGUGGGAUGGCAAAAAGGCCAUGGAGGCUCAGCACCCAAAGAAAAGGGACCCUAUGGUGCUUUCUAAGAAGCCCAACAAUGUCUGUACAGCAGGAGUGAACUACACCCCCAACAUCACUAAGGAUAUCUCUAUCUCCACCAUCUCCAACAGCACCUCCAUACAACUAAGAUCGUCUGAAGCAGAAGUCCUGGACCCCAAGAAAACCUACAACAGCGUGAGCAAAAUCGACAAAAUGUCCCGGAUUGUUUUCCCUGUCCUGUUUGGAACCUUUAACCUAGUGUACUGGGCUACUUACCUCAACAGAGAACCGGUCAUCAAAGGAGUCAACAUAUUGGCUCCAACAUAGUGUCUUUGUCAAACACACGACCCUACCUUCAACCAUAUUGGCCUACAAGCUGCUAAAGAAAAUGCUACUGUGUCACAAAGGAUGGGAGAUGUCAUGGGUUCUGUAAUUCUCAUACUGUCAUUUGCAUGAAGCUUUUUAGAGAGAUACUCUAACCAUGUUUGCCUUGAUAUUCCAUCAUUAUACCUACUGUAUAUUGCUUUAAUUCAACAAUGACAUUUUGAAAGUGAAAAUCAAUGGCAUUUUGAAAGCGAAACUCGACAAGGACAUUUUGAAAUGCUGCAGUGUGGACAUUUGUCCUGGCCUCAAAUGAAUUGAAAACUGUCAUGGUAUUGAUGUUGUUGUUUAUAACCCUGUCAUCUUGAAGAAUAAGAGACUGAGAAACACAUGCUGUGUUAGUAAUAAGAUAUCGGAAGCUAGGAUGGUAAGGAAAGUGGCGAAUAAUGAUUUUCAGUGUCAUUUCCAGUCAAUUUGUAAAGUUUGUAUAAUACUGCAGACAAAUCUCUCUUAUCUCUAUUGGAUACAUAUGUUGUUAUACUUUUGUCAUUUUUGCCCAUCUCACAUGUACUGUUUGUACAAUUUAAAAUGUUACUAUUUCUUACCUCUAUCUAUAUAAUGUACAGAUGAAUCAUUUUUGACAAACUUGGGUCUAACUGUGGAGACAGAGGCCAAAUAAGCUAGCAAGAUACAACUCUGUGAUGUAAUUGAUGAUACAGUCUAAUCAACCUAGGUGAAAGUGCACAGUCGGAAAAUUCUAAUCAUUGCCAAGUUAUAAAAUGGUUGGUUUAUAAGGUCUGACUUUUUCAAUUGCAAUGAAAGCGUUUUCCCGAAGCUAGAGGGAGUGGAUGCCUACUUAGAAGUUUUGUGCUGCCCUUUGUUGUGAAAGGUUGAACUCAUGUACUGUAACAGGAUCCGUUUUCAGGGUCGUGUUCCUUAGGCAUCAAAUGGGGGAAAACGGACUGAAACAGGGAGGGACUUCCUGGAUUUGUUCAAUAAGAAACACUUAUUUCAUUUACCGUUUCAAAACAUUUUGCUGCAGUUUGCCCUACUGAACACAGCCCUUCUACACUGCUGUCCUAUCCUCAUUGUGUCAUGACCAGAUUGGCCCCAGUCCCUGAAGUCCGCUAGGAUCUAAUUAGCCUGGGAUAAUGAGCUUGUACCUGUUAAACACUAUCUGAUAUGGCCCCUGGAGAGAGAACCAACCACAUGGGACUGACCACCCACCCUCACCCCAGGCCCAGAGCGCUUUGUUCAGGGUACGGAAAGGAGAGCAUGUGGGUAGGGCUCUGGGGCAUGGUGCCUCUGUGGUAACACCUACUUUCUUGUUACAGACUCAAGAGAUCGAGAUACGGUGUCUUUUUUUAAAGAGAGAAAGAAGAAUAAUGGAUUCAACACAAAAUAAUAAGUUUGUGCUUCAAGGCCACCAUACUGGAGAGAAAAAAGAAUCCCCACUUCAGUAAAAGAUGGAGAUAUGAAACAAGCUGUUCCUGAGAAUCAUAUAAACUCGUUGACACAGCAUGUGUACAGAGAGAAAAUACUGGAUAAUUAUGGAUAUGAUGAUGGAUAAUAUUGGUGACGGAUGGAUACUUUAAAUGUCACUGACUUUACAGUUCUCAUUAAAAUAUCAUGUUGUAGAUAACGCAAUAACUGUACAUGUAUCAUUAUUAAUUAUUUUAUAUUCAAAUCUCCUAGGCAUCAAAGACAUUCUUCAUGUAUAUAGAGACAGUGACUAAAAUACCUCUUUAUUUGUAUGUCUCUAUGUGACAUCUUGUGUUAAAAGAAUAAUCCACCAAAAAAACUUGUAUGUAAUUUUUUCAUUAGUCCACAUUUGAUACAGUCCCAAAAUUGUUUUGCAUGUCAGCAAUCAUGUUUUCAAGAUAAAGGACUUUCACAAAGUAAAUUGCCACUUGCCACAUCAUUAAAUGCUGUCAUUCCAUUGCAAAUCAAAUCUAUUUAAUUUAAUGUCAGAUACAGUAUAUUAAUUAGUUAAGUGUACUAUUCUCCUUGUACUGGUGUCAAUGUGCACAUACUUUGAGGUUGUAGUCAAAUGUUUUUUUUUUUAAGCACUUGACAAUUAAGCAUCCCUCUGAAAAGAAAUCCACCAAUCAGACUUAAAGUACAUCUUAAUGGGACAAAUGGGACAUGACCCCAUGGAGGUGUCAUGUAUGAGCUAUCCCUUGUCACUAAUAGCAACCAGCAAAGGAUAGGAGAGGAGGGGACUGCACUGAUGACUCGAUGGAUUAUAGAAAUACUGGCCCAUGAGGUCCUGUUGUGUAGGGAGAGAGAGGACUGAUUCCAUCCCAUCAGUCACUGUGGCAGCCACAUCUGCCAUACAUCUGUUUGUCAAGGAUUUAGUUCCGCUUAAGUUGCUUUUCCAUUCAGGAGCCCUGUGUGUUUCCCUCCAAUUUAAGCCCUAACUGAUGACAAAUGGUGGUGCUCCUAUGCAGUGGACAGCUGGGGUGCGUGUCAGCAGGCAGGGAGAAAUGUAAAAUUGCAAUGCUACACUGAGACAAAAACUCAUGAUAGCUCAUCGCUAUGAGGUUGUAGCUUAGCAUAGUGCAUACACUACCACCCAUGUCUGUGUGUCUGAUGCAUCAAUGGCUUAUGUGACUAAAAAGUGUCAAUAAAUGUAUGUACAUUAUUUGAUUAAA